CUCUGUGAGCCGCAACCUUGCCCAGCGAGCGGUUGGGUGUUCGCCAUCUUAGGAGGAUGUUCUCGUCCGUAGCGCACCUGGCGCGGGCGAACCCCUUCAACGCGCCACACCUGCAGCUGGUGCACGAUGGCCUGUCGGGUCCCCGCAGUCCCCCAGCUCCGCCCCGGCGUUCCCGCCACCUGGCCGCCGCCGCCGUGGAAGAGUACAGUUGUGAAUUUGGCUCCAUGAAGUAUUAUGCACUGUGUGGCUUUGGUGGGGUCUUAAGUUGUGGGCUGACACACACUGCUGUUGUUCCCCUGGACUUAGUAAAGUGCCGCAUGCAGGUGGACCCUCAGAAGUACAAAGGCAUAUUUAAUGGAUUCUCCAUUACACUGAAAGAAGAUGGCGUUCGUGGUUUGGCUAAAGGAUGGGCCCCAACUUUGAUUGGCUAUUCCAUGCAAGGGCUCUGCAAAUUCGGCUUUUAUGAAGUCUUCAAAGCCUUAUAUAGCAACAUACUUGGUGAGGAAAACACCUACCUGUGGCGCACAUCACUGUAUUUAGCUUCUUCUGCCAGUGCUGAAUUCUUCGCUGACAUUGCCCUGGCUCCUAUGGAAGCUGCUAAAGUUCGAAUUCAAACCCAGCCUGGUUAUGCCAACACCUUGAGGGAAGCUGUUCCCAAAAUGUAUAAAGAGGAAGGCUUAAAUGCGUUCUACAAGGGCGUUGCUCCUCUGUGGAUGAGACAGAUCCCGUACACCAUGAUGAAGUUCGCCUGCUUUGAACGUACUGUUGAAGCUUUGUACAAAUUUGUGGUUCCUAAGCCCCGAAGUGAAUGUACAAAGGCAGAGCAGCUGGUUGUGACAUUUGUGGCAGGUUACAUAGCUGGAGUCUUCUGUGCGAUCGUCUCCCACCCUGCUGACUCUGUGGUCUCUGUGCUGAAUAAAGAGAAAGGCAGCACCGCGUCUCAGGUCCUGCAGAGGCUGGGCUUCAGAGGUGUGUGGAAGGGGCUCUUCGCCCGAAUCAUCAUGAUUGGCACUCUGACUGCACUACAGUGGUUCAUCUACGACUCUGUGAAGGUCUACUUCAGGCUCCCUCGCCCUCCUCCCCCUGAGAUGCCAGAGUCUCUGAAGAAGAAGCUUGGGUUAACUGAGUAGAUACAUCAAAGUAACAUGGACUGAAUCUGCUUGUUGAUCAGUGUUGAAAGUGCAAAGGAACUUUUAUAUAUUUGACAGUGUAGGAAAUGUCUGUUCCUGAUAUAAUUACUGUAGUACCCUUGCUUAAAGCAAGAGUUUCAAACUUAAUGCUAAAUAAACCCAUCUAUUCCUGAUGUCUAUGAGUUUGUUAUUUUAAAAACUAGUAUUGAAAAAAGAUUUAGUCCUAAAACAAAAAGAAUAAUUAAGGUAUUCACCCCAGGAAAAAAGUGUAAACUAAGUAAACCAUUGGUGCUAUUCCUAAAUUGUCCCCUCACUUAAGAAACUCCUGUGUUUAGGAAAUAGUCUUGGGUUUUCAAAAACAUGGUUUAUUAAAUAUGGAUAAACACUGAA